UUGUCAGCUAUUUUGAUUGAGAUGUCUCGAGAAUCGUUAUAUUUGUUGUUUAAGGAAAGUUCAGCCCGAAAGUUGGACGACAAGGUGAUAUUUAUGGAACAAAAACUCCAAGACCUGAUGAAUUGCCCCCAAAACGAGUUUCAAACAUUACAUCACGAUUUAAAGAAUUUUAAAUAUGAUUUAAAGGAAAAAUGGAGAUCCGCCCAAUACAAUGAAGAAAGGUUUUUUCAAAAAAAUCGAGAGUGGCUUAAUUCUUCAAUACACAUACAUAAAUGGAUAUCAAUUAUCAAACCGGGGCGACCAAGCAAGGAAUUUCAGGAUUUGAGUGAUCGCAGUAAACGACGAAAAACAAAAGAAAUCCGUGAGCAGGUACCUGUCGAAGAGCUUACCUUUGCAGCAAGCGUAAGUCAACGGAUGUCUGGAAAUGUUUCGGCCUCUAAGCUCAUAAAGGAAUCAACUGUAACACCAAGCAGAGCCACAAAGUACAGGAAGUUGAUAGAUGCUGCUCAGAAACCAAGAAUUAAAAAGAACACACCUGAAGAAUCUUUAAACCUCUUUGUCGCAGGUGACUUUUCAAGAAGGCAGUGGGAUUUAUUGCACGAGUCCAACAGGAGUGUUUUUCCAUGCUAUACUCUUAUAAUAGAAGCGAAAAAACUAUGCUAUCCAAAACCGGAGUCAGUACGAGUUACGGAAACGUGUGCUGAAGUUGUUCUGCAAGAUUUACUUGAUCACACUGUUUCAAGACUUUGCCUCUUUCUUGAGGAUGUUCUCCAAAACUGUACUGAAGAAGAAUUAAAAAACCUGGAACUUAUUUCAAAAUGGGGUUGUGAUGGCUCCCACCAAUCUGCUUAUCAGCAAAAGUUCCAAGAUAGCACUCAAGAUGACUCUAACAUAUUCCAAAGCUCCUUGGUUCCCUUAAGGUUGCAGUCACACAUUUUUGCAAGAAAAUUUUCAAGGACUCAGUGCAAUCAAGAUGUUUUGAAUAGGCUUCUGCUCACAUCCGAUCCACUCCUGAGUUCUAAUCACCAAAGGAAACGCAGCAAAAGCCAACCCUUUUUAACUGAAACCAUAGAGCUUUUUGAGCCAAAAGAACCAGAUCAUGAAGAAAUAGAAGAAACGAUAAGACUGGACCACAGUGAUGAAUCAGACUGA